UGAUGAUAAUAGUAAUAAAUAGUGUAAGUGCUUAAUUUUCCACAGAUUCCUACCAGAAAACCAAGAACAUCCCUCUUGCUACACAUUUAUAUAACCUCUCUCUCUCUCUCUCUCUCUCUCCUUCUUCUUUUUCUCCUCGUCACUCCUUGUGCAUGUUAUAUAUUUCUACACCACACACACGAAACAACACUUAAUAGUCAUCUGUAUAUGCGUACAUAUAUAUAUACUUUUGGAAUUGUAGCUUGCAUCUAGCUAGGUUUAACUUUGGAUCUUAGUACUUUUCGAUAGGGAUUGAGAUCUGUCAUCACUCAUCAGUACUCAUCAUAUUCAGUAUUCGAAGAAUCAUCUAGAAGCAGCUCGAUUUAGGUAUCCUUGCGUUUCAUUCAGUUGCUUAAUUAAUUAGAUCGAUUUGUACCGUAUGCAUCACUGAUUUCAAAUUGCAAUAUAAAGAUGACAAGUCCUUGAUGAUCACCACCAGAUUAUUAAGUUCAUCUUCAAAAUGGAAAAAUGAUGGAAAGAAAUGCAACAGCAAGCUGCACAAUGGAUGAUCAAAGAACCGACAUUUCUGAUCAAGCGGAGAUCUUGGACAGCAAGACCUCUCCACCCUCUUCUCAUCAAAGGUGUUCUUUCUUCGACUUGAACGAGGCUGCCAUCGACGAUCAUAGUGAAAGUAGCAAUGAAAAUGAACAUAAAAUUAGUGCAAAUACGCGUCAUGAUGGAGUUGAUGAAGAUGAGGGAUCUGCAGAAGCCAGUAGUAACAACAAUAACACCAACUCGGAGGGGAAAGAGGUGAGUGGGAGCAUCGUGAGGCAAUAUGUUCGGUCUAAAAUGCCUCGUCUGAGGUGGACUCCGGAUCUCCAUCUAGCUUUUGUGCAUGCUGUUGAAAGGCUGGGCGGCCAAGAAAGAGCAACUCCCAAAUUAGUACUGCAGUUGAUGAAUGUCAGAGGACUCAACAUCGCUCAUGUAAAAAGUCACUUGCAGAUGUACAGGAGCAAGAAGCUGGAUGAGUCUGGGCAAGUUAUUAGUCGAGCAAAUCGACUUGUUCACGGUAAAGAUGAAAUCUCAGAGAUGUACAGAAGAUAUAAUCCUUAUGAAAAUUUGAGCGGCCAUAACAGAAGUGACUUGCUCUCUCCGCUAGCCAAAAGCUCAACAUUCGAUUUCAGAGCAAGUUCUUCAAGUAGAAACCAGAAAUGGAACUUCGGUGAUCACUCGUCAUUGGCAAGACUAUGGAGCAAUGAUCAAUCAUCAGGUCCAGUUAGAGAGAAGAUGAUGAGCUCGAAUAGCUUGUAUGAUCAUGAAAGAAAUGCAGUAUUAGUUGAUUCUGGAUUCAAAGGACUGAGCAGAGCUCCACAUUUGAUCAAAGACAAUGUCCGUCUCAACAGAAAUGGACUGGCCAGCUGUGUAGAAGAUCAGAAACUCUCUGCAAUUGCGUCGACACAGAUGAUAUGUUCUAAAGCUAUGCCACAUUAUAAACCUGCGUUGGUCUCAGCUGGACGCGAGACCCGAUCACUAGAGUUUCAGGAACUCAAAGAAAGGCAAAUACAGCAUAGAGCAAGUACAGAAGUAGUAUCACAGAAGAGCGUAGAAGACAAGUGUUUGCCGAGUUUACAAUUAAGUUUAAGCCCCAACAUUGAUAACAGUACAGAAAUGACGCAUCAUCGGAUUCAAGAUAGGGGGAAAGCUAUCGACACGAUGCUAUCUCUUUCUCUACUGCCAGGUAUGUCAAGAAAUUUAUCAUCCAAGACGAAUAAGGAACAGACAGAAAGCAAACAUGAUGUUAAAGGGUGGGACUGUAGUAUUUACAAACAGAUAGAAACAAGGCCAAACUGGGGCUGAGUACUUGGGAUAUCACCAUGCUAAAUGAAUCAUGAGUGAGAUCUUGCAAGUACUUGCUUUAAAGGCCUUUAUUAUGUAUGAGUUGAAGACUGGUUAUUGACAAUUAUUUUUCAUCAGAUAUUGUUAAUUACUUGCGAA